CUGCCCACUUGCCACCCGUGGCAGCAGUUUUCCUUCUCUCCUGCCUGAGCUCGCUGUCGGGGCGAGCUGGUGGUGGCUGAUGCUCGUGCAGGCUGUAUGGGUUCUGAAAUGUCCUUCCUGCCUGAGUUUGGGAUCUUCACCAUGGGCAUGUGGUCUUUUGGUCUAGGAGCCAUCGGUGCAGCUGUGACAGGGAUUGUCCUUGCUAACACUGACUUAUUUUUGUCCAAGCCAGAAAAGGCUACACUGGAGUUUUUAGAGGAGAUAGAGCUAAAAACUUUAGGAACAGAACAAAGAACAUUCAAAGCAGGUGAACUCUGGAAGAAGAAUGGUGCAGUUAUCAUGGCUGUGCGAAGACCUGGAUGAUUUUUGUGCAGAGAGGAGGCUUCUGAGCUCUCCUCUCUGCAACCUCAGCUAUCCAAGCUGGGUGUCCCUCUCUUUGCUGUUGUGAAAGAGAAGAUAGGGACUGAAGUGGAGGAUUUUCAGCAUUAUUUCAAAGGAGAAAUCUUUCUGGAUGAAAAGAAAAGCUUCUAUGGUCCACGCAGACGAAAAAUGAUGCUGUCAGGCUUGUUCCGCCUUGGGGUCUGGCAAAAUUUCUUCCGUGCUUGGAAAAGUGGAUAUAGUGGUAACCUGGAAGGAGAAGGUUUCACCCUGGGAGGAGUAUAUGUGAUUGGGGCAGAAAGACAGGGUGUUUUACUGGAGCAUCGGGAGAAAGAAUUCGGAGACAAAGUCAGCCUUCCAUCUGUCCUUGAAGCUCUGGAGAAGAUAGAACCACAAGCCUCCUAAGUGGAAAAAUAGUUGCCCAUGUUUCUGAUCAGAGAUUGAAGUGCAGAAUGCAUCUGUUUCUUGAACAUGCGGUAUAAUGGCUUCUUAAUUAUUUUGUGAUCAAUGCAGAGGAAAGAUUCUCUAUUCAAACAUAGUAGAUGAUGAAAAUCCUCCUGAAUUUGUUUUUGUUGCUUAGCAGCAUUUCAGGUGGUCAGGAUUACAACUGUUCUUUUGUGUUUGACUGUAUUAAUGAAAGGCUGGGUCUAAAAUCUGACCUAGCCCUGAUGUUUUCAGUCAGAGACAGUCAGUUGAGAGCCUGUCCGCCUAGGGGAGCAAAACUCUGCUAAGGCUGGAGUAAUGGAGUAUCUGCUAAGGUUGAAUGGUAAUAAAAUUUUAUGUAGAUGAAA